UAAUAAUAACAAUAAUAAGCGGCAGAUUCCGGGUCUGCGGCGACUGCGCACACAGAACGAAGUUUCGGACAUUAGCGCACCACUGAAGAAGAGAAUUGUCCCUCGUUUCCGAAUAUACUGUUCCAGGAUCAGUGCGACACAGCUAAAAAGCGAGCAGUAGCCGGGAACGACAACAGUUAAAAACGGAGAGAGGCUUUUUAGUGAAAGUCCUAACUCUUACGCAGAGAAAAUGUCAAGAUGUCUUCAGAGGAAUAGAGAAUAAAAGGUGACCAGCAGCAGCAUCACUGACCAGGAAGAAGGAGGGAUGGAGGGUGACCCCAGCAAGGACAGCGAUGGCCUGCAUGAGGUGCAGAUGGUGGAGGUGGCCCUGGAGGCGCCACUGGUUGAGAUCGUGGAAGUUCUGCAUAAAGCCCAGAGUGAGGGACUGGGCCAGGCGACAGUGGUGGCCCUGGGCCAGGCGACGGUCGAAGGGCUGGGCCAAGCACUCGUUGCUGGGGUGAGCCAGGCACAGGUGGAGGCGGUGUCCAACGGGCAGGCUGCGGAGCAGAUGGUGGUGAGCGACGACGGGACUGGCACCCUCCUGAAGAUGCCCUUUGCUGAGGUGGCGUCGCUUCUGGACCCUAACAUGAAGAGCUCCAAGGCGCUAAAGUACCAGAUCCACUAUGAGGAGGUGAAGAGGCGGCUGAAGGCGCCCGAGAAGAUGUCCCUGCGCUCGCUGGCGGCCUACACCCGUGUGAGCCGCGGGCCGGCCAGCAGGAAGGCGCUGCUGGAGGCACUCGGCUCGUUUGGGCUGGCGCCCAGCACCACCACCGCUGUGUCCAGCUCCUUCUCCAAACUGACGGAAGGUGACACGGCUGCCCUUUGCAAGGACGUGAAAGAGUUUGCUUCCCAGUACAUGGAUUAUGACAAUGUGGCAAGGCAGCUGCUUCCCGAGACCAAUCAGGUGCAACACUGGUCCAAAAUCAUCGAGACACGGAACUAUCUUGAGGAAAUGAGCAAGUCAUUCCAUGACCCGGUGAACAGCAGGACGUUUAACAACGCGACUCAUGGCUUUGGGGCUGGCAUGAUAGACGUGGCCUUUGAGAUGAUUGACCGUGUCAUCGAUAAGCAGAUACGGAUCCUCUCGGGGGAGGUGGAUCCUAAGGAGACCCAGGGUGGGGACACCAGGGCGAGGAAGCGACGACCCAGGACCAAGAGCGACAUCAAGGCCAAGACCAGAUGUGCCAAGGUCAAGAAGGAAGAGAGUCAGGGGGACAAAAAGACAAAAGCCAAGACAGGGAACCGGAAGCGGUCCAAAGAGCCAGAGGCGGUUCCUGAGGUUCAGCUGGAGAUGGAGAGCAGUGUUUUAACUCUGGUCUCCAUAGGUUACGAGACCAUCUCCGGUGGUCUUGAGCCUGGAACGGCUGGUGUGGCCUAGCGAGUGUGCCCUAGCGAGUGCGCCCUAGCCAGUGCGCCCUUGCAAGUGUGCCCUAGCCAGUGCGCCCUAGCGAGUGUGCCCUAGCCAGUGCGCCCUAGCGAGUGUGCCCUAGCCAGUGCGCCCUAGCGAGUGUGCCCUAGCCAGUGCGCCCUGGGCCACGAACUCCUUGUCCUUCCUGGUGGCACAGAUACUUUUAAAAAAAAAUGUUUUUUCGUUUUAUUUUUCAGCCGUUUUUCAGAAGUUAAAUGACAAGCGGUUUCUAGCCGAGCUGUUUGAAGUCAGAUACUUGCCUUUUUGUAAUGUCAUGUUUGUUCUUUUAAUGGCUGGUUUUGCUGGAUCUCGGAGACUGCUGUGUUAUUUUUUACUCCCCAAAAUGACGCACUAUGGUCUCUGUCAGUGAUGUGGCCAGUUCCUUGUCCUAUUAGCAACGCUCAGGUGGUGUUGUUGCCUUAGUGGAUGGCAUCUUCAUGCAUUAAAACAUGCAUCUGUGACGCCGGACUUAUUCUGAAUCCUCACAUUCAAUGUCUCUAGUUUAAACCCUUCAUCUCACAAAAUAUCUUCAGGUAUCUAAAGCCAGAAACACCCACAAGACUGAUGAUGAUUAAACUGGCUCUAACUGGAUUACAGCUAAAUAUGUUUUUCACCAUGGAUGUAAUGUUUCUGAAAAAAUCAAAUGCUGAUUGUAAAUCAUAUGUCUGGUUGUGAAAAAACCUGUCCCGUCCUGUUUGGUUCUGGGUAACCUCUUAAUCUAGUGUUUAACUCACAUGAGUGCAGGGCCAGUAAAUCACCAUGUGAUUUUUAAGCAGGGAUAUUUCAAAAUAUUAAAAACAAUGUUGACUGAACUGUCUUGUCACAGACUUGAGAGGCCAGCAGAAUGCUUAUUCGUAAAUUAACCAGUGAUGAGAGGUGGGGUUAGGGAAUGAUGCACUGAAAUGUUGUUUUUCCUCAAUGCUGUAAUCUGGGAGGAUAUUUCAGAAGGGUGUCUAUGAGAAGCUGUGCUGAAUAAAGUUGUUUGAAGGCGUA